GAGCACUUGUUCCAUGUCUGACUCCCAGCCAAAUGGCAACGGCUCGGACGAGACGACCCCAUCCCCGUCCAUCGUCUCACCGCAACCGGUCGUCGCUGAUGGAGCAGACCCCCUCACCCAUGCAGUCUUGGCAGUCCCACCACCAGCAGCAGCAGCGGGAACGACCUCUGCUCCGGCAUCACGACCAAUCUCGCCUGCUGCGCCCGUUUCCAAUGGCUCAGCGCCAGCAGCAGCAGGCCGAUCCCGCAACGCCGAGUUCGAAGCGCUCCUCGAAGCGCCCGUCAUUGACAUUGCCAAGCUCCGCGAGCUCAGCGUUGGCGGGAUUCCAGAGACGCCUGGCACGCGAUCGCUUGUCUGGAAGUUGCUGCUCGACUUUUUGCCGCCCGACCGAGAGCGCUGGCCAGCCGUGCUUGCUGGACGACGUGCACUCUACUCAAAUUUCUUGGACGAGGUCAUUGUCAACCCGUACGCAGCGACGGCUACGGCCCAGAGCGACCAUCCGCUCAACGACAACGCGGAGAGCAAGUGGGGCGAGUUUUUCAAGGACAACGAAAUGCUCGAGCAGAUUGACAAGGACGUGCGACGAACCCUGACCGACAUUAGCCUGUUCCAGAGCAUCUCGCAUGUGCCACGUCCGACCUCCAAGACGGGCACUGGCAUUACGAUGGAGUCCCUGUGCGCACGGGUUGACCGCGCAUGUCUGUCGACCACCCACAGCGAAGGUGGCGUCAAGAAGAAGGCAUCGACAUCGUACACGCCCCAAGCCAAAAGCAAGCCCGUUGCGCUCUUCCAAGACGAUGACGAUGACGACGACGCUUCCCUGUUUGGCGGCAGCUCGACGUCCACUCCAACCAAGCAAAAGGCGGCCAAAACAGCCUCUGCGGACUCUGCCCCGUUCAAAAAUGCCGUCCUCGCAGCGCUGAUUGCUCCAGUGGACGAUCCCAAGACUGCGCAGGCGCUCGAUGCGCUCGAUCUGUCUCGAAGCAGCGCCCUCAGCUCGAGCACAAGCAGCCUCUCCUCCUCGUCGACAGAGCUCUCAAAGUCAAACACAGAGUCUGACCUGAUGACUCGUGGCGCUGGUCACCAGGAGGCGCACUGGGAAGUGGUGGAGCGAAUUCUCUUCGUAUUUGCCAAGCUCAAUCCAGGCAUUGCUUACGUUCAAGGAAUGAAUGAGAUUCUCGGGCCUUUGUAUUACAUUUUUGCCACCGAUCGAUCAAGCGAGUGGGCUGAUCACUGCGAGGCCGACGCCUUCUUUUGCUUCACAACCAUCAUGGCCGAAACGAGGGACAACUUCAUCAAACAUCUCGAUGACACGGUUGCUGGCAUUGGCGGUUCGAUGAAACAGUUGAUGGAUCUGACGCUCGCUAUCGACCCCGUGCUUCAUGCAGCGAUGGUCAAAAAGAACGUGCAACCCACCUUCUUUAGCUUCCGCUGGAUUACAUUGCUCUUUUCGCAAGAAUUCAAAUUGCCGGACGUCUUCCGAUUGUGGGACUCGAUUUUCGCGCACAAACUUCGCUUUGGAUUCGUCCUGUUCAUCUGUGCCGCCAUGAUUGUAUCUGUGCGCUCUCGACUUUUGGCGGGCGAGUUUGCCGACUGCAUCAAACUUCUUCAAAACUACCCACCCGAAAUUGACAUUCGAACCAUCACCACGCUGGCUGAACGGCUGGCAAUCAAGUGGCCCCAGUUCCGCCCACAGUUUAUCUGAAGCGCUGUCGUUCAUUUUUUCAAAGCACCCCCCACACCAACUUUGGACGGGUGCGUGUCUGUAUUAUCAUGCAAACCAUUCAUUUGUUCGAGUCUGUAUUCAAACAAAACCAUUUGAUGUAAGAGG